CUAUUGGCACGAAAGGUAUUUCAGUGGUUAUUGUUUUCAGUUACGCCAGUAUGUCCCAAGGUAAUUACUGAUUGGUCACAAACUCBUACUUAAGAGUUUGCACAGAUUACACAUAUUCUCUCUCUCGCAAGUAGCUAACGAGUUUACUACCAAGACGAGCUGCAAUGUCGGAUGAAGAAGAUAGAACACCAAGAACUAAGUCUCCAUUAAUCGGGAAAGAAAGGUCCCUUAGAAAGAGCAAAGAACAAGAGAUACAUACCGUGGUGGACCCAGUCGCUGGUACGAGCGCGGAUAAUACGUCGUCAAAUCCUGAAUUUGUUCAACAAGUCUUUGGGCUAUUCAAAGAUUAUCUUGCCACACAACUAAAUACCCAAGGAAAGAAGCUCGAAAGCAAGCAGAAGAUUGACAAAGAAACUGUGGAGCUGAAAUACAAAGGCAAUCAAAAGCAAUUCAGAGUGAAUGCCGAAUUAGAGAGUAUCUUAGAGCAGAUAYAGACUGCCAACGAGAACGGGGCUAACGAUCAAAGCAUCACAAACCUGGUAAAAGAAGGGAAAAAGAUCAUCCACAAGCGCMAAAAGCUGAUUAAAAUUGCGGACAAGUGCAAGGACGGUUGGCAAGUCGUCGAA